AUGGCAUCUAAACCUGCUGUGCACGACCUGAUCAGCCUUUUCGAGGCCAUUGAAACCAGCGAGUUCAAGAUGGACGAACAGAGACGCAAUCCGGGCCAGCUGCUGCCCUCGCCAUGGACGGAGAUGAUGCCGUCGUUGACCAUUCCAUUCUCGCCCAAGUCGACCGUCGACAGCGAGGUUGACUCUGACCGUCCGUCGCCGUUGACCUCAGCAACCUCCAGUCCAGCAUCUUCUCCCACUUCAAGCCCCAUCAGUGCCUCUCCACGCCAGAACAGAUUCACAUCCUCGCUCCGUCGAAUCGGCAGCCGAAGCAAGAAGUGCUGCUCGUCAUCCUCCCUCGGCCUGGGGACGAUCCUACUACGCCGUCGUCCGUCCACUGUCGACCUGGCCCUCACCGAGGAGCGUUAUAGGUGCAGUGAGGACUCUGUUGAGAGACGUGGACUCGGCCUGUUGGAACCACGCCCGGUAGACCCCAUGCCAUUCAUGUCGGACGCCCAUAACGACUCGAAUAACCUGUCGAGGUUCAGCCUCGACCUAAGAGAGCCUUCCAUGCUAUCACAAACUUCAGCUCGCCAGUCCCCGCGGUUCGUCAUGGGAGGAAUCGUCGAGGUCAUGGAGGGCGCAGCUUAA